UACGAGUCAUGGGAGUACCUUCCGUCCCCCCUCAGUGGACUUGGAAGCAUUGGUACUCUUCUCAACCAGAGUGCUAUGACGCCAAUACUGGAUGUUGAUCUACUCCCUGGUGAGGCGGAGUGGCAGAGGGCGUACGUUCUGCUGGGAUUCGUGAUUCACGGUCAUCAUCACGGCUACCAUAAGAAUAUCAUUCCCUUGGCAAGGUCAGAGCCCUGUCUGAAGAUAUGUGACCACUCUGGAGUCGAGCCAGUUCUCGGCUAGAGUGGCUUGUGCCUAUAUAACUGGGGCAAAGGUGGUCAGAGAGACGUGCUUGUGGACUUUCAAGUUCGGGUCACGUAUAUAGGUCCACUAGAUGAGGCGGGCUUCCUGUCCAUUGAGCUAGCG